AAAGAGAAAGAAAGAGGUUGAGUUUGAAGGAAGAAGCAAAGGAACCAAACAAUCACGACGUGUUUAACGUCCGUCGCUUUCUCCGAGAAUUCAUCCAUUCUUAUUCUUCAUCCCUCGAUCGUCGGUCACCGUCCGAAUUCCUCCAUAGCCGAACCUUCUACACAUUCCUUACCAUUUUACCCCUCCCCUCCCACGUCUGCCUCCGCUUUCCUCCUCCGUGCUAACUGCUAACUGCCUGCCAGCCAACUCAUGGCGGAGGAGUUCGCGAAUGCCGUGGAGGAUGGCCUCCGGCUGUCCAAGCGGAUUUACUUCGGCAAGGACCGCGCCGUGGCGGCGCCGAAGCCGAUAACCCCCAUGGAGAAGGCGGCCAGCUCCUAUCUUCCCUCCGCUCCUAUGCUCUACGCCGUCAUCGAGAACCCUGCCAUCGUUGAUAACCCCGAUAUCCCCAGCUACCAGCCUCACGUGCACGGCAGGUGCGAUCCUCCCGCCCUGAUUCCCCUCCAGAUGAACGCCGUCUCCCUCCAGGUUGACUGCUAUCUCGACACCGCUUUCGUAACCCUCACCGGCUCCUGGCGCGUGCAUUGCGUCAUGGGGAGCCGGAGUUGCGAUUGCUGUUUAGCUAUUCCGAUGGGCGAACAGGGUUCAAUUCUAGGUGUUGAGGUUGAAGUACCAAGGGAACUUUAUUGUACUGAAAUCAUUGCCUUUGAGGAUCAAAAAGAUUCAGGGAAGGUGGCUGCAAAGGUUGAUGAUGGAAACUAUUUGAAGCCCAAUAUUUUUACCCUCAAAAUUCCACAGAUUGAUGGGGGAACAAAUCUGUCAGUCACUAUUAGAUGGUCUCAGAAGUUACUAUACCAUGAUGGGCAAUUCACCCUGAACAUCCCUUUCAAUUUCCCAGAAUAUGUGACUCCAGCUGGAAAGAAAAUUUCAAAAAAGGAAAAGAUAAGUCUGAAUGCAAACUCGUGUCCUGGAGCAGAAGUUUUGUGUAAGACAGCUAGUCAUCCUAUAAAGGAACUACGACGCCAUAGUGGGAAGCAGACCUUCUUGUAUGAAGCAGACGUUCUCAACUGGUCCAGUAAUGAUUUUGUCUUUGCUUACACUAUUUCAACAGGCCAAACCUAUGGCGGUGUGCUUUUGCAAUCUCCUGGAGCACUUGACAUUGACCAAAGAGAGAUGUUCUGCUGCUAUCUUUUUCCAGUAAAUGAGCAGAGCAGAAAGGUAUUCAGAAAGGAAGUGGUAUUUGUUGUUGAUAUUAGUGGCAGCAUGAGAGGAAAACCUAUUGAGGAUACAAAAGCCGCACUCUUUUCAGCACUUUUCAAGCUUGACCCUCAAGACUCAUUUAAUAUCAUAACAUUUAGUGGUGAAACUUACCGAUUUUCAUCAUCUCUUGUGCUGGCAACAAAGGAAUCUAUUCAAAAUGCAAUGGAGUGGAUAAGCGCAAAUUUUAUUGCUGGUGGUGACACAAACAUUUUGAAUCCGCUAAAUCAGGCCAUUGAAAUGUUGUCUGACACGAGCAAAACCAUUCCGAUUAUUUUCCUCAUCACUGAUGGAGCUGUUGAAGAUGAAAGACACAUCUGUGAUGUCAUGAAAAGUCAUCUAACAAAGGACAGGACUAUUUGCCCACGGGUGUAUACUUUGGGCGUUGGACGGUUCUGUAACCAUUAUUUUCUCCACAUGCUUGCAAUGUUGAGUCGUGGCUUUUAUGAUGCGGCUCAUGAUGGAGAAACACUUGAGGCUCGAGUGGAAGGACUGUUUGCCAAAGCAUCAUCCAUCUUUCUUGCAAAUAUUGCCAUUGACUUUGGAAGUCUUGAUCUUGAGGACUUUGAGGUAUAUCCAUCUCAAAUUCCAGAUCUUUCAUCAGAAAGCCCACUGAUUCUCUCAGGCAGAUACCGUGGAGUGUUUCCUGAUAUCCUUACGGCUACAGGUUCCCUUGCAGACAUGAGCAAUUUAUCUGUCGACCUAAAGGUACAAGAGGCAGAGGGCAUGCCCCUUGAUAAGGUAUUAGCACCCCAGCAAAUCAUGAUGCUCACAGCCCAGGCAUGGUUUACUGAGGACAAGGAGCUUGAGGAGAAGAUAGCACAAAUGAGUGUACAAAAUUCUAUUGUUUCUGAGUAUACACGCAUGGCACUGGUAGUGACUGAGAAAACAAAGGGAACUCCAGAGCCAACUAAGAAAACGAAGCAGGGUACAGAUAAACAGAAAACGGAAGAUCCUAAAUCACAAAGGAUUAAAAUAUUCCAGAAUCUUGGCCACGGUUUCGGCAACCUCACUGCCACAGCUGCAAACACUCCCGCAGGAGUUAUCGGGGCAAAACCCGAAGCAUCUGAGGUUUUCGUGAAGGCAGCAUCCAACUGUUGCGGGAAGAUGUGCCACAAAUGCUGCUGCAUGUGCUGUAUCCAGGCAUGUUCCAAGCUGAAUGACCAGUGUGCCAUUGUGCUGACACAGUGUCUCACUGCAUUGGCAUGCUUAAGUUGCUGUACCUGCUGUGAGCUCUGCUGUUCCACAGAAGAUGGAUAAGAAGAGCGCGAUGCGGCCCUGCCAUGAUGUUUGUUGUACAUUGUGUUGUUCAUACGAGGUGAGUAUUGUCAACAUUCAUUACAAUUUGGGAUUGUAUAGUGUAGUGUAAGAAACACCUAUGUCCCAAUGUAGGGCUGUGAUGAAAAUAAGGGCGUGAGAACAAUAGUAAUUAAUCUGUAUAAACAGGAAUGAAGAAACACAAGAUUUGAGUGAGAAA